UCCCAGCUCUCCUCGUUCUUCGCUCGGCUUUCAGACCCGUUUGCCGUACCAUUGUAGACUGCGGCUCUAAUACGACGCGGCUACGCGCAGUGCAUGACUUCCAAGGCCACGUUUCCAGCAGCGUCGCGCGCUUUCCAGAGUCUCUGGAUCCGCUUCGCUCUCCGAAACUUCCCUGCUUUUCCGAACCAAAUCCGAGGCGAGGCGCGGACCUGCUUCUCUCUUGGCACAUUCCAUCCCGCGGCCGGGAAAGCUGUGUUUGAACCAAAAAAAUCGGGGGUUUUCGAAUCUUGUCCUCGAAAUACCCCAGCUGCUGUAGGGCGAACGGCUGCAACCAUGGCGUUUGCGCCUUCGUUAUUGUCAUAUUCGGUAGCAGCAUCCUUUCGAGUGAAUCUACUGUCACCAGCCGUUUUAGUCACGCGCCCAGUAGGGUCUGAGCGAUCGCUUACAAGCUCCGCUCGUUUUUGUCAUACGGGUGGAUUUGGACCGUCCGGGCUGCGUCUGCGCGCACUGCGAGUGCAUGCGGUUUCGGGAGGCAUGGUCGACAAUAACGAGGGCAAUAGCGAGGGAGACAAUAACGAGGACGCGGUUGAUGAGACAGCUGGCGAGUCGGAUGGAGGGAGUAAGGGGGAGAAGGGUUUGAAGAAGGCGAAGAAAGAGAAGGAGAAGAAGGAGAAGAAAGAGAAGGAGGCGAAGGAAGAGAAGGAUAAGAAAGAGAAGAAAGAGAAGAAGGGGAAGAAGGAAAAGGAGGGAAAGGAGGAGAAAAAGGAUAAGAAGGAUAAGGGGAAGGAGAAGGAGAGGAAGAAAGGCAAGAGCGUAGAGGAAGUCGAGGAGGCGGAGGAGGCGGAGGAGGCGGAGGAGGCGGAGGAGGCGGAGGAGGCGGAGGAGGCGGAGGAGCGGGUGAUCGUUUCAGAAACGAUGCGCAGAUGGAUCGCAGAGAUGGAGGCUGGAGAAGCAAAACCGCCUUUCGGCGAGAUGCUUGUGCUCUAUAAGGGGGAUGGCGGCACGUGGGUGGAGUCGGAGGAGCCCAUGGGCAAGGACGCAGAGACGCUUGCGUUCUAUAGGGCGGAUGACGGCACGGUGAUGCAGGCCCAGCAGGCCAGCGACUGGGCUGAAUCCACUGACCAGGAAGAAGCGGUGGGCGCUGAUUCUGGUGGCAAUGAGGGGGGUGAUGAGUGGGAGUUUGAAGAGGAGGAUAUGGCCGACGUGGUGCCUGGAGACGGGCUGGAUGGUGGAGGGUUUGUGAUGAACGGAGCGGCAUGGGGGAAGACAGCGCUGGACCUGGCGCAGGAGGUGCUGGCAGGGCCUAAAUACGGGGGGGACUAUCAGCUGUACGGCUUUAAGGUGUAUCCGGAGCGCAACUGGAUCCGCGUUCGACUGGACAAAUUGAGUGACGUCUACGGCUCCCCCAAGGUGGAGGACAUUGACUCUUUCCUCCUCGACUUCAACGCUCUGGUGAUUGCUGCGGGGGAGAGGGGCGAGUUGCCCCAGGACAUUCAGAUAGAGGUCUCUUCUCCUGGUGCGGAACGUGUCGUGAAGGUUCCAGAAGAUUUAAAUAGGUUCAAGGAGCUCCCGAUGUACGUACACUACACGCUGCCAAGUGAAGAGGACAACACGGGGGACAAGAAAGAAGCUAGUAAAGGGGAUAUUGGUGCUGGAGGGAGCACGCUUGCUAGUGGAGGCAAGACAUCUGAAGAGAUUCUUUCGUUAGUGGAGGUGAAUGAGGAGGAACGUGUGACUGUAUGGAGAGUGGCUGAUGUGAGGCUAAACAGGGAGUUGUAUGGAGGGAAGGGGCGGCCUCUAAGCAGGAAGAAUCGGGAGCGGAGGAUUAGUGUUCCGUUUUCUGACAUCCUGGUUGUGCGCAUCUACUUGGACUACUGAUCUGCGUGAUUGUGCAGAGUUACAAUUUCAACCCUGUUGCUUUUCUGUUGAUCCACAAAAGAUGCUGACGUCUACUCCUUAGGAUUCUGUGCAUGUUGGUGCACUGAACUGAACGGUGAGCACC